UGCAAGCAACAAAUAAGGUUUUUUUGUGCGUUAGCAGCACAAAAACCAAAACAUGGAGUCACAUGAUAAAAACACAACUCACCGGUUGCCGGAGACUCACCGGAGAAUAAUCUUAUUUCCACUACCUUUUCAAGGUCACAUCAACCCCAUGUUUCAGCUUGCAAACAUUCUUCACAUCCAAGGUUUUAAAAUAACCAUCAUACACACCCAAUACAACUCUCCAAAUCAUUCAAGCUACCCUCAGUUCCGUUUCCGGGCCAUUGAAGACCGGUUUUCCGAGGUCGAUCACCUGCGGUCGACGAAUCGAGAUCCCAGCUAUUUCAUUAAGUACCUUAAUAGAAGCUGUGAAGAUCCGUUUAAGGGUUGUUUGAUUGAGUUGUUGGAUGAGGAACCGGUUGCUUGUUUGAUCGCGGAUGCCAUGUUCUACUUCACGCAAGCCGUGGCGGAUGAGUUGAAGCUGCCGCGGAUGGUGCUCCGGACUAGCAGUCUUGGUUGCGCCAUUGGUUAUGGCGCUAUACCCUUCUCGUCGAAGGAGGGUCGAUUUAACCUUAUGAAACAAGAUCCAGGUUAUGAGGCAUUUGUUCCAGAAUAUCCAUUAUUGAAAGGCAAAGACAUGUUGAAGAUAGCUAUUAACCCAGAAGGUUAUGGGGACCUUGUGACCAACAUGCUUAAACAGAUGAAAGCAUCAUGUGGGCUCAUUUGGAACACGUUCAAAGAACUUGAAGAACCUGAACUAGAAACAAUCAACCAAGAUUUUCGGGUUCCCAGCUUCACUUUAGGCCCGUUUCACAAGUACUUCCCAGCAUCUUCAAGUAGUUUGAUCAACCAAGACCGAAAUAUUAUCUCAUGGCUAGACACACAACCUCCCAAGUGUGUUAUAUACACAAGUUUUGGAAGUGUUGCACGUAUUAAGGAUGUCGAGUUUCAAGAAGUGGCAUAUGCUUUGGAAAAUACGAGUUCGCCAUUCUUGUGGGUGGUUCGACCAGGGAUGGUUCUUGGUUCAGAAUGGGUGGAGUCAUUGCCUGAAAAGUUCUUAGAAAGAGUGGGUGACAGGGGUCGUAUAGUGAAAUGGUGUCCUCAACAAGAAGUACUAGCUCAUCCAGCGACAGGGUGUUUUUGGACUCACAGUGGAUGGAAUUCAACAUUGGAAAGCAUUUGUGAAGGAGUUCCCAUGAUUUGUUCACCUUGUUUCGCCGACCAACCAAUAGUUGCAAGAUAUGUGAAUGAUGUUUGGAAAAUUGGUAUUUUGUUGGACGACGGGUUUGACCGGGUGGGGAUCGGCAUGGCAAUAAAAAGAAUAACAAUGGAUAAAGAAGGAGAAGAAAUGCGUACAAGAAUAAGUCAUCUUAAGGAGAAGGCAAACCUAUCAUUAGAUGAUGGUGGCUCUUCUAACAGGUCAUUAAAGAGCUUAGUUGAUUAUAUUUCAUCGUUCUAACAUGUAAGAAUUGUUUCCUAAAACUAGAAGUUGUUGGAAUGGUAUAAGGUGGCUUAAAGUUUGUUUUCUUUGGCAACAAGAUAUCUUAAAUUCAAAUAUCACUAUUACAAAAUAA